AUGGAUACAAAGCAUCGGCUAGGCGUUGCAGUUCAUGAUCUGGGUGGCAAGGAAGGGCCCUUGCUCCUCCUACUGCACGCCAAUGGCUUCCACGGACGUGUGUUCCUCCCUAUGGUGCCAAUCCUUGCACCGCAUUUCCGCUGUGUAUCUUUAGACCUUCCCGGCCAUGGCAGCGCACCGACUCCUGAAGGUCCCUUCACUGCCGAGGACAUGGUGGGGGCUGUUCGAGAUUAUGUCGAAUCACAAGGCAUCCAGGGUCGCCUGGGCGGCGGAUUGGCUGCUCUGCUGCAGUUCGAGCGACCCCAGACCUUCAGGUCGGGGAGCUUGUUGGCCCGCUUGGCCCGGAAGCGGCAGGCGGUGUACCCGACCCUGGGAGCCGCCAUGACGUCACUGGGCGCCAAACCCCCGUUCAACACCUGGGAUCCGCAGGCGCUCCAUGCAUAUCUGGCGUGUGGUGGGUUACGACCCCUCGAACAGCCGGGGGCAACAACUACAGCCGGAGCUACAGCCCCUGGUGCCCCGGCACUGACGCUGUCAUGUUCGCCGGAAAAUGAGGCCAGAGUGUACGAGGCCCUUGAGCCCCCUCCCUGGAGACCAUGGCAGCAGCUGGGAGUGACUACUUCUGGUUUCGGAAGCGACCCGCGGGUCGGUGACUGCGGAUGUUGCGGCAGUGGAUGCGGUGUUGAUUGCGGCGGUGACUGCGGUAGUUGCGGUAACGGCCGCUCUCAGCAGCAGAGGAUGAUAGAGGUUGAGAGCGGGAAAGGGGGAGAGGGCGAGGCCAAAGCACGUGAGGAUGGCUGCGGUGAUGGCAGUAGCUAUUCAGACGGCAGUGGCAACAGCAACAGCAAUUGCCACCGGAGGCGGGAAAGGCGAGGGGAAAGGGAUGGAUCCAUGGGCCACCAGGGUCCCUAUUGCCGUAUUGCCAUUGCGGUGGGGCAGGAAGUGGGUCUACACGCCCAGCUGGCCAGGUGGGGCGCGGAGGUCGCGCAGCUGGUUCCUGGAGCCAAAUUAGCUCGAUUUCCUUCUUUGCACCACUUGGGCCCGAUGGAAGACCCCCGGCUAGUGGCAACAACAGCACUAAAGUUCUUUCUGGCGGCAGACGACGACGACGACGACGGCAACAACGGCAAGGGUGAUGGCAAUGGCAACCAUAACCGUGACUCUGCCGUCGGUUCUGGAUUCGGAUCCGGUGUUUCUAGCAAGUUGUAA